AUGCCUCAGUGGUGGGACCUUCUGCCUUCAUGUGCCUACUGUUUCCAUGUCAAGGCGUCAACGUCCUACUUUUCCCAUGUCAAGGCGUCAACGUCCUACUGUUUCCAUGUCAAGGCGUCAACGUCCUACUAUUUCCAUGUCAUUGUUACAGGGUCCUACUAUUUCGAUAAAACCGAUGGAACAUCAACGUAUGAAGAUACAUUGAUCAAAGUGUUUGCUGAUGCCCGCAAUAGAAGUAUAACAUACAGGUAUGUAGAACUGGACACCUGGUGGUUUACAAAAGGUCAAGGUGGAGGGGUCAAGGAGUGGACAGCACCAGCAGACAUCUUCCCCAACGGCAUCGAGUAUGUCCACAGGAGUUUGAACGUACCUAUUGUGGCGAAAAAUAAUUUCUGGUCCAGUGAUAACAUAUAUGCAACACAAAAUGGCGGAAAGUUCAAUUUUGAAAUGGAAGGAGACAUGGCAAUACCGACAGAUGAGGCGUUCUGGGACAAAAUCUUCAGUGAUUCCAAGCAGUGGGGAUUAGCCACAUAUAUACAGGACAACAUGACGGAAAUAUUCCGUACUUUCCCACGGAUGCAGACGGACCUUAACUUUGCGCGAGAUUGGUUGGUUAAAAUGGCGACGUCUGCUUUGAGACACAACAUCACCAUCCAAUACAGUGGCGCCACCCCAACGAUGGCGCUCUUGGCACUCCAGUUACCGGCUGUCACCCAGGUGCGCGUCCUGGGAGGCUAUGGCACAGAAUUGGACCAGAGGAAUAUUCUUGCUUCGUCCGUAUUCUCUUCACUUUUAGAUGUGUUGGUCUUCAAAGGUGUGCUCCGUACACAAGACCAGAAGGGAGGCACUGGAACAAUCUCUGCAGCUCAGAGCAGCGUGAUAGCUGUCCUGUCGAGGGGUCCAGUGGGGAUUGGUGACCAGAUCGGACAUACCAAUACUUCCAUCAUCAAUCGGAUAUGUAGCUCUGAUGGAACUAUCCUCAAACCAAACAGCCCUGUACUCGAAAUAAAUGCUCAGGUUGUGCAGAUGACAUUUCAAGAUGGCAGCGGCCCAAACGCCGACAUCUGGGCGACACUCACCGGCGUGUAUAAGGGUGGGUCAGCCCCGGAACAGGUGUACGGGAUUAUCUAUGUUUCCGGCUUGAACAGGACCUUUGACAUCACCCCGACGGCAGCCAAUAUUGGGUUUGAAUACCCAGUGAGCAAGAUCUUCUCUGCAGCUGAUCCAACAAAGCAGUACGACUUCAGCGACAGCAAACCCUUCACCAUCCCGCCAUGCCAACUGGAAUUCUGCAUGUACUAUACGUCACCAGUUAUAAAAUAUAAAAAUAGAGAAGUUCUCGUCCUGGGUGAAUUGGAAAAGUGGGUACCAAUGUCUCACAACAGGAUCGUUAAUGUCACCGUCGGCGACGUCAUCACUGUCCACGCCGUCAAGGGUCAGGCGGGAGAGAGUGUUGAGAUGUGGUUUGCCGAUGAUGUACGGUUCGGUGCUUUGAAAACUAUUAUAGGACAGACGGCCUGGAAAUCUGGUACUGGAAGUAAGCUGGGUCCCGUCUCGCACAUCGCAAGUUGA